AUGCCAAAAGAGCAGCUUGGCUUGAGCCUGCUCUGUGUGGCCCAGCAGCUCAUGAUCAGCUCAGAGCUGAGGUGGUUGCCAUCAGUUCCCCCGAAAAAGAGCUUGUUCCAGGUUUCUCCACCAGAGCUGGUAUUUGAGAACUUCAUCACUCAUGAGGCCUCUGAUAUAAUAUUGUCUCUCAUAAAUAAGGACAAGUUUAAUCGGCUGGUGAAGGUCUCCAUGGAGAGAUCACCUCAUUUUGAGCUGAUGUGCCCCAAUGAUGUGUUCCACAUCGUGCCACCAGGCACAUCUUCCCAUUUGCGCAUCCGCUUCACCCCCGACGAGAAGAAGAAUUAUUGCCACGAGCUCGUCUGCCUCACUGCAAGGGAACGGAUAGUUGUGCCAAUUCGGGCCAUUGGUGCCCGAGACAUCCUGGACUUCCCUGACCAGCUGGACUUCUCGGAGUGCCCGGUCAAGUACAGCACCCGGAAGACUCUGCUGGUUCGAAACCUUGGCAGCCGGGCAACUCAUUACCAGCUGAGCACCCAGAGUCCUUUCUCCGUGGUUCCAGCCAGGGGAACUCUGGGCGCCGGUGACACCAUGCAGGUGACAGUGGAAUUUCACCCCAUGACUACUGGUGACCAUUCCGGGUUCCUGGAAGUGUGCUGCAACACAGGUGAUAAAAGCAUCCGCACAAACUUUCAAGGAGAAGCUGUAGAUGUCAACGUUGGGUUGAGCACAUAUUACAUGGAGUUUGAGAAGACUUUUAUGAACACGUCAAACUGUAGAACCAUGAUCAUUGAAAACAGGAGUAACGUCACAGCCCACUUCCAGUGGAAGACUUUUCUUACUGAGGAAGAAGAGAAUGAAGAGAAGAAGAGUUCCUUCAAAAGCUCCCUGCCCAUCCAGCUGGUUGUCUUCCCUGUCAGCUCGUUUUUCAGCACGCAGUGCUAUUUGCUAUGGCCACGGAAUGAGGUGUGGCUGGAAAACUUCUUGGAGGAAGAAAAAAUAGGGCUGAGGAAGGGCUAUUGUGAUCGUGCUGCCCUCCUGAGCCAGGAGAAGAUGCAAAAAGUGCAAGAAGACCCCAUGCUCUUCUCUGAUGACAUUUUUUCCAUUGAGCCAUUGGAGGGAGAGAUCAAGCCAAAAUGUUCGGCCGAAAUCAAGGUGACCUUUAAACCCCUAGAAGCACUAGGGUAUCUAAGUGUGGCUUACUGCAGCAUCUCAGGCCAUGAGAGCAGGCUGCCCCUGCGCCUCAGAGGGGAAGGCCAAGGACCCUUGGUUGAACUCGGCUGUCGUUCACUGAACCUUGGGAACAUUUUAGUCAACACCCCCCACGUCUAUGAGGUGGAACUGAUUAACCAAGGAGCUAUUGAUGCUCCCUUCACCUAUAUCCAGACAACCGCAAACGUGGGCUACUGCUUCAAGUUUGCACCUGAGGAGGGCAUCAUUGCACCAGGUCGGAUCCAGACCAUCCAGAUCUCCUUCAAUGCCACCAUAGCAGGGAGGUUUGAGGAAGAAUUCCAGUUCACUGUGGCUGGAUCGCCUACGUCUGCAAUCCUGACGAUCAAGGGAUGUGUCUGUGAACCAACUUUACACUUCAACGUUGAAAAGCUCGACUUCGGUGACAUUUCCUUUGGUUUUGCCUACACCAAGACCUGUUGCCUCAUUAACCCCUCCCUAGUGCCCCUGAGGUUCAAGCUCCGCAUGUCUGACGACGGCAUGCAGCCUCCUGUUAGAAGCUUUGAUCAAAUACGCAACGACAGCGACCCAUCCUGGACAGAAGGAAUUCAUUUUUAUGUGGAGCCAAGGGAGUUUACAAUGAAUCCCAAACAAGGGACCAUCCCUCCCCAGGGACACCAGGAUAUCGAGGUGACCCUGUGUUCCAACACCGUGAUGGACUUCUGCCGGAGAAUGCUGGUGGACCUGGAGGAUUUUGGCACUGAAGUGGCAUCACUGACCAUCCUGGCCAGGUACCAGCACUUCCCUGGCCUCCCCCAGCACACUGCCUUGACCAGGGCUUGCUGGCUCAGCUCCCAUGGAGAAGUGUUGUUUAAUGGCCUCAUGUUCUGCCCAGCUGCAUGUGAGAACAGCAGUGCUUGGAAAGCAGCCUGUGGUGAAAAGCACCGCUGCUCACAGCCCAGCACGGUCCUGGGCCUUUUUCUAAAGGGACCAGGAAUGAUAUGCAGAGCCAUCCAGCAAUUGAUCACUGUAGGGCUGUUAAAUGUCUGUUUGACAGUGACAAAUGUAUUAUGCUCCAUUUCACAAUCUUCGGGGGUAAACGUUCUCCGUUCCCUCAGUAUCUCUGAUUCUCUUGGGGUCAUCUCUUUGCCCAGAUGCAUUGUUCCUGACCUGGAAGUUAACUAUGACUUGCCGCUGUACUCUCAGUGCCACCUGAAGAUGCCACACAAGACCAAGUUACCUGUUAGGAAUUUCAGCGAAGUUCCUGGCUGCUACGCACUUAUUCCUCAGGUGUGGCAUCGUAUCCACCUCCUCCUUAAACGCAUGGAGGACACUCCUGUGUUCUACUCCAGCCCCCAGCCCUGUGGGAUUGUCCAGCCUCACAGCACUGCAGAGAUUCCAGUCGUAAUCGAAGUCCAAAAAUUGGGCGAGCAUCGCACCCGUAUUGUUAUCGGCGUGUUCGGGGAUGAGAGAAACCCACGGAGUGUAGUAUUACAGAGCACUGGACGGCUGGCAGACAUCUACCAACUUCCAGAAGUGAUAGACUUUGGCAAGAUCCCAGUACUACAGUCUUAUUCAAAAUGUUUUACCCUCUACAAUGAAGGUUUAUCCCCUGUAGACUUCAGGAUACAGGCAGCUUGCAAACCCCACUGGUAUGUUUUUGAACCCAGAGAAGGAGUGAUCCCUGCUAGGGGCAAGAUUCCUGUGACUAUCACAGCCACCAUGGAUGACACUGGGCAUUUUGGUGACAAUAUCCAAGUGUUCAUUGGGAACAGUCUUUGGAUCACCUUCCCGGUCCUGGCUGAAGGCAUUGGCACCACAGUUUUCAUAGACAAACCAUUCGUCCCAGAGCUCAACUUGGGAUACCAAUUCAGCCCACCUGAGGAGGAGAGCCAGAGCGUCUCAGCCAUCAGUAGCCUCAAGACCAAAGAUGAUUGCCAGAGCCCCAAACGUAUCAGCCUCGUGUUUAAGCUGGACCCACCAACGAUGGAGCUGCAGCCAGGCGAGUCUGUGGAUGUGGUGCUGCGAGGCGUCUCCCAGACUGCACAGGUGGUGCAGGAUCAUCUGAUUUGUGAAAUUCUCAUUGAGAAAGGCCGCAGGGGAAAGAAGAUGAUAGAAGCAACCAUUACCUGCGAGUUUAUUGAUCCCCUUAUGGAAUUAUCAGCCAGACAAUUCUCUUUCAGAGUGGAGAAGAAACCCAGUGAUGUCUUGGCACUGCAGUACCAGCCUUUGUCUUUAAAAAACGUCUGCUUGCUGCCAUUCAGCAUUGUGCUGGACUUGGAGCAGCCAUUUCUGGUCUGCGAUGUGGACCAGCAGCCCCUCCCAGAUGGCCAGCCUGUGACACUGGAUGUAGGGCAGACCUGUCAUCUCUACAUCGCUUUUGACCCAGCUUAUAAACUGAAUUUUCAUAGCUGGGAAGAAAAGAAGGUUCUGAAGAUAAGCAUGGCCAACGGCCAUCCUUAUGUGGAGCAUAUCAGCCUUCAGGGAGAAGUCCACUUCCCCAAUCUCCAAAUUCAUCCCAGCAGCCUGGAGUUUGGCUGCAUCCUGGCUGGCACUGACAAAAUGCGUUCUCUGCAGAUGAUCAACUGCAGCCCACUGCCUGUCCAGUACUACUGGUCAUUCCAUUCGGACAGCCAUGUGAACAAGUUGAGGUAUGUGCACCUUUGCCCUCUCCUUGAAGCUCCUCUUCCUGGUGUCUUGUUUGUACUUUGGAAAGAACAAAGCUGUUUGCCUAGGCACAGCUGCUCUUCUGCAUCCAUUUCCACACUCAACAUCUCAAUCUCUCCUGUCCUCCAGGCUUUCACUAUCCUGCCGCAGUUGGGUGUGCUGCAGCCAGGAGAGAGGCGACAAAUCUCAUUCACCUUCUCUGGCCACCUCAACACCAUGGCCAGUGUUAGGGCACUGUGCCACGUGGAGGGAGGCCCCACCUACAACGUGGAGCUGACUGGGGAGGCCUCACGCAUCAGCUACUCCCUGAGCCAGCGGGAGAUCAACUGCGGCUUUCAGGUACCACACAUGUGCCCUGGCACAGCUCCCUGCCUUGGAACCACGGCCAGCGGGUUCCUGCCCACCUCAGUCCAGGGCUUUCUUCCCUUCCAGCCCCUUUGUUGGCUCUGGGGCUUGGAAGUACAACCUUUGAGGGACACAUCCGGCACCCAAGCUGGUUUAAUAUGGCCAUCUCCAAGCCUCUCUAAGAUAUGGAGCGUGUGUGCGGCCAGCCGCCCCGAGCGGCCGUGCCUGCCGCGGGCUGCCCACGACCCGCAGCCGGCAGCGGGCGCGGCUGGCCCGCGGGCAAACAGCCGAGCCCUAGGGUGCUGUGGCGAGCGGGACAGCGCCGACAGCAGGGGUUCCAUUGCACCUGGUGGGAAGCAAGUGCUGAAAUUCUCUUACAUGCCAGGAUUACCAGGAGCCUUCAGCAGGACUUUCCAUCUUAAAGUGGCAGAACUGGAGCCAGACAAUAUCUACCUGAAAGGAGAAGCCUUCUUUCCAAUGAUCAGUGUGAAUCUGCCCUGGAUCAGUGAGGGUGGGCACUGCCUGUCUCCCCCUAGGAAGGGCCCCUCUGGUUUUGUUCCCUAUUGGCACUUUCCUCACACUUCUCUUUGUGGACGUUUUCUUCCUUCAGGAAAUGAAAAAUAUGAGAAGCCACUGAAACAGCACAUAAAACCCCUGCAUCAAUACAGUCAGAGGAAUAAAUCAGUUGUUCAGAAGAAGACUCAGAGCCUGAAGACCUUGAAGUCUCAGACCCUGAAAACUCAGACCUCGAAGACUCAGAACCUGAAGCUCCGCGUGCCUAGCUCUGGCAUUGUACCAAACACUCAGCUGCAGAUAGAGACGGUGACGAAGUUGGUAAAGCAGCUUGCUCUGGAGCUGCAGAAAAAGCUUCUAUUAUAUCCCCCAAACAGCAGGGUCGUGGACAACGAGGUGUACCAGGAUCUUGUCAACACCACGCUGAGCUUUGGGCUGCUCAGCUCCCCAGAGCCAGGCUGUGGUUUAAGGACUGUCCUUACUCCUCCUUGCAGAGUGGAGGUGCCCGAGUAUGUCCUGGACAUGGGCAUUGUCCUUAAGGGUGACACUGAGACACGCUCUCUGGCAAUCACCAACCCUGGGCGGAUGCCGGUGUCCUUCCAGGUCGAUGUAUCUGCCCUGCAGGACACAGGUUUCAGAGUGAAUCUGGACCAGAUACAGAGCCUGCCUCACAGACACACCAUAAUGUUUGAAGUGUGCUUUGAAAGUACCUACCGGAUAGAGGGUGACGUGGAUGUGCUGCUGCCCAUAGAGGUACCACAGCUCUUGGGGCAGGCAGCAGGCUGGGCACAGCAGCAGAUGUCACCUGCACCCUCCACUGACUUCUCUGUCCUUCUGCAGGUGGCAAAAGGCCCCACAUAUAACAUCCGCCUCCGUGCCACUGUGUUGGAACUGUCUCUUGACUUCUCCAAGAACACAGUGCAGUUCUCUGAUAUCCUCGUUGGGCAGUGCCAGAUUGAGACAGUCCGGCUCUACAACUGGUUCCAAGUACCCUGCAAAUGGUUCAUUACUGCCAUCAAGCCUGUCAUGAAGGUAAAGCACAUGCGACAUUGAACUUCCAAUGUCUUGCAGCAGGCGCUGGAGCAUGAGCUCUGUCCCUUUGAAGUGACGCCCUCCAAAGGAAUCCUCGAUCCAGGAAGGUGGCAGAACUUGCAAAUCCAGUUUACACCCAAGGAGGAGAGGUCUUACAAGAAUGACCUGAAGCUUAACAUUUGUGGGAGCAGCCAUCACUUAAAGCUGUACCUCUCAGGAAAAGGUCUGGAGCCACGGUUGGAGUUCAACCCCCCAGCACUGAAGAUGGGAUGGGUGCUGGUGGACAGCAAUGGGGUGGACACCACAGUGGUGGUGAAGAACCCAUGCAACUUCCCUGUUGAGUUUUACUCACUGGAUUUUGAUGAGCAGUACCUUGAGGAGGAGAAGAUCCUGCGGAUGGCACUGGGGUCUGAGUACCAAAAGAACUUUCUGAUGCCUCCACGCGCCGGGAGUGGGACGCUGCCCCCAGAGGUGCUGGAGGACUAUGAAGCACAGAAGAGGCUGAAGGCUCAACAGGGAGAGCUCAAGGCCAUGGCUGAGGCCGAGGCCAUGGCAUAUCACGAGGCUGUCACAUCCUCUCCUGAGCCCAUGGUGGAAGUGACUGGGAAUUCUAUCUCUCGGGCUGUCACCCACCACCUGGACAUCAACCCAUCUUCAGAGAGGCGUGAAGCACAGCAGGACAGAGGGAUUGCUGUCAUUGUCCAUGGGCCACCCCGGGCAGGAAAGACAGAGGUAGUGGAGGCCCUGUGUCGCUACUAUGACGCUGCUCACUUGUCCAUUGACACCGUGGUGAAAGAGGCCAUUGCCGAUGAUCAGAGCCAAGCAGGGCGCUGUGCUCGGGAGCUUUGCACCAAGGCUGCCAUGGAGCUGAAAGACGAAGAGGAAGAUACAAAGUUUCAGCUCACUGCUCAGAGGGAAAAAAUCAACAAGAAGAAUGCCAAAGGCAAGAGUCCUUCAGCACAAAAGAGAAAGGAGCCAGCCAGCAAACUUGACAAAAAGGUAAACAUCAUCUGCCCUGGUUGGGCUUUCCACCGUGGUUUGUUUUCCCAACAACGGUCUGCAUUACAGUUCACAGUUUCCACUGCUCCUGCACCACAGCAACUGAACAUCAUCAGCAGUCAUGGGGAAGAGCUGAACUGCUUGAGCUGUGUGCUGCCUGAGGACCUGCUGGUGGACAUCCUCAGUGAGAGGCUGAAGCGUGAAGACUGCUACAAGGGAGUGGUCUUUGAUGGCUUGGAGAGCCUCUUUGCAAGCAGCCUGGAAUCUUCUCUGCUUUGUGUGUUCAAAGCUGUCAAGAAUCGUCAUCAUAUAUACAGGGUGAACCUGCAUCAGGAUUAUGCUUCUUGGAAAGCCACGGAGGAAGCUGAAAGAGAGAAGGAAGAACUGCAGAGGAAACAAGUUUUUCAGAGGAACAUAGAACAUAUCUUGAAAAUGGAUGAGCAUGAGUAUUAUGCCUUCCCUGAGGAGAAGAAAGCUCUAGUGGAUAAAGUAAUACAGGGAAGGAAGCAUCUACGGAGAGAGAGCUGCAGAAAGAAGGAGGAACCCGAAGCGCCAGAGAAUGGAGAACCCGAAGCCCCAGAGAAGGAGGAACCCGAAGCCCCAGAGAAGGGGGAACCCGAAGCCCCAGAGAAGGGGGAACCCGAAGCCCCAAAGAAGGGGGAACCCGAAGCCUCAAAGAAGGGGGAACCCGAAGCCUCAAAGAAGGGGGAACCCAAAACCCCAGAGAAAGGGGAAACCAAAGCCCCUGACAAAACCUCAGAGUACCCAGCUGAGAUGGAUAAGAACUUGAUUCAGAGGUUUCAGAUCUAUGAGUCAUCGCAGCAGGAUGUCACCCAGCUUUACACCUACUUUGACACUGUUCAGGGUACUGUGCAGUUACCUGUGGUCCAAGACGGAAACACGUCACAGCCUUCAGCUGAAAACAAAGGUCAGAAAACCAGUAAGCCUCAGGAGAAGGUAGAGAAGAAGCCUGAACAAAAAUCUGGAGGCCAAAGGAGUCUUCAUUCAUCUCAGCUGGAGACACAAAGCGAAGUUGCAGAAGAAGAAGUCAGAGACGAGUAUAUUUCUGGGGUGCAGUGCUUGGACAUCCAGGUCACAAAUCCGAAGGCCAUGAUUAGAGAGAUCCUGACAAAUGGGAGGCUGCCAACAAAAGAUGAGAUGCUGAGACAUCUGGGACUGCAUCCCGACAGGCCUCCCCUUCCCCCUGCUGCUGUCUUCUCUGUAGUCAACUACCCAGAGGAGCGGUUGGGCUCUGCAGAGCUUGUGAAGCCCUUCACCAUUGCUGCACCAGAAAGUGCUGCUAUGGAAGACGGUCUGGUGGGUGCUCCAGUGGUGCUGGCACUGAAGGUGCCAGGAAUCCAUCAUCCCCAGCUGCACAGCGACCCUGUGCCAGUGCACCCUCCUUGUUUCAUUUGCUCCUUAGCAAUGUCUGAACCCUCAUCUUUAAUUGCCAGGCUGAAACGGUACCGGUGGAUAGUGCCUGCCCACGGUGAGGUGGAACUGAAGGUCCACUUCUCCACCAAAAAGCCAGGGAAGUUUGAGCAGACACUGAGGUUUGAGCUGGUGGAGACAAAGCGCCAGUACAAGCUGCCCUGCAGUGGCACCGGCCUGUACCCCAGCAUCAGCCAGAACCCACGGCUGGUGUUUCCGCAGUGGAGGCAGACCAUGGAGGCAGAUGAAAUCAUCUUCAAGGAAUAUGUUGAGAGCACAAAGCAAUUCCACUUUGGACCUCUGCUGUGUGGGAAAUCAAGAGAGUGGUACAAGGCCCAGAACUGUCCUGGCAACUCGGAGAAUAUAACCAUCCUCAACACCUCCCCUGUGGAUGCAGAGGUCCAGUUCUCCUUUGAGAAUGAUGGGAAAGCAGAGACGUUCCUUUUGUACCCUCCCAGCAUGACACUGAAACCAAAGGAGAAGCAGGAGCUGACCAUUUGGGCAUAUCCCACUUCCCCUGGCUUCCUGGAAGACAAACUCAUCUGCUGCAUUGAGAAGAACCCAGACCCAGUGGUCUUCAGCCUGUGCUGCCAUGGGGUGCACGUGAAGCUGGAGGUCAGCCCCCUGGAGCUGUCUUUUGACCAGCUGCUUCUGCACAGGACUGACAGCAGGACCUUGAUCCUGAAAAACGACACCCUGCUGCCCACGGCCUGGCAGCUCAGUGGGCUGGAUGACCUUGUUGAGGCCUUCUCCUUGUCACAAAAUAACGGCAUCAUGGAUCCCCGCUCAGAGUUUGAAGUGACACUGAAUUUCAAGGCUGAGCAGAUUGGCAUCACUGAGAAGACCCUCCGACUAGAGGUUUCAGAUACAGAAAAUAUCCUGGGGAUUGUUCAGGCUGAAUACAUCAGAAUCUCUGCAGAGGUCUACGAUGUUUCUCUGCAGAUCGACAUGCCUGAAGGUCCAGAUGGAAGCUUGGAAUUUGGAACCAUUAAUGCCCUGGAAAAUGUGAAGAAAGUCCUGACUCUAAAGAACAAAGGGAUAUACAACAUUGGGUACCGUUUCAUGCUGAAGGCUGCAGGUCCCAGGUUGCGAGAUGUAUCAUCCCACUUCACUGUUGAGCCUCAGUCGGGCAAGCUGAUUGCCUCCCAGCCUGGUGUGAAUAUUGAGAUGCUCUUCCACCCCACAAGGGAAAUGUUCCUCAAGAACAAACCCAUCCUGUACUACCAGGUGAUAGAUGUCAGCUCAGGGGAAGGAGGCCAGACUGUUGCCAUCAUCCCAGUGAGGGUGUCGGCGAAAGCUGUGUACAGCAAGUACAGUAUUGAGCCUGCCCCACCCAUCGACUUCGGGGCCAUGAUCAAGGGCUCCAAGAAGACCCAGACUGUCGUGCUGGAGAACAAAGGCAUGCUCAACUUCGAAUUCCACAUCCACCAAGCACCUGAGGAUGAAUCUGCAAGGUACGAGAAGCCCUGCACCACCCUUCCUUUCAAAGCAAGAGGAAUCUUCUCCAUUGGCUACAAGGCUGAAAUCAAACUCCUCACAGGCCUGUUUGUCAGAGAUGAGAACAAAUUCGUCUUCACCAAGGUUCUGGUUGGGCAAGAGGCUGAAGCUCAUUUCAGUAUCUACAGUGCAAGUGGUCUGCCAUGUGACGUGGUCCUCUCCAUCAAACCCCUGCCUGGAAAGGUAAGAACAGGAGGCCAAGGUGAUGGUGGCUGUCUAAGGGCCCUGAAAUCGUUUCUGUGCCUCUCCUGCAGCUCUGUGAAAAUUAAACCCCAAACCUUGACCUUCACCAUCAGUGGGAAGGGGCAUGUGCCACAGGUGACAGUCGUGUGCCCAGGUGCUCGCAGCAAGAGGGGAAAUGCUGUGCUGCGCUUCAAGAGGCUCCAGGUGGGGGAUUCGGAGGUGCUCCCCCUGGUCAUCCGUAACAAUGGCGUCAUACCUGUCAAGGUGAGAACCUGCUCAGGGAAUGCUCUGGUUUGGGAACAAGUGCUUGUGGCACAGGGGAAGGGUCCCAAAAAACAUGUUCCCAGCUGGUUUGAUUUAACUGUUGUGCUAAGGGCUGUUUGUAGUGGGAGAGGAGCUGGGUUCCCGUGCAGGACCAGCAGCACUGUGGUGUCAGUCCCUGUGCCAUCGUGUACUCACACCAGUAUCAUUGUGCUCUGUGUCCCCUUUUCUCAGUUUAUGUUACACCUGGAGGAUGAACACGGAGCAUUCUUCUUGAAAGGCAGGGGCUCCACACUCGAGAGAUUGUGUGCUGAAGAUGUUGUGGAAGAGGACUGUGUUGGAAAUGAGGGCAAGCCCCCAGAGAAGCCUUUCCUGCUUCUGCGUCGUGGGCAAUCGGCACAGUUUGAUGUCAUUUUCAAACCCCCCCUGGCUCAGCGUCUGGAAGGGAAGAUUCGUGUGUUAGUGGCAGACAUCUACUCUGACAAGACCCUGAUAGAGCUGGUGGGUGAAGGCCACAAGGAUGAAUUCACCCUUGAUGGACUAGAGGAAGACAAAGAGGAGAAGAAUGCUAAGAGCAGUCUGAAGAAAGACACCAUUGAUGCUGUCAGAGUGAAUCACAUCCAGUUUGGGGACUGUCCUGUCAGGAAGCCCUGCCGCAGGACCUUCACCAUCACCAACCAUAGCCAGAGGCAGGUCAUGCGCUUUGAGUGGGAGGCACGUGCAGCAUUCCAGUUCUCCCCCAAGAUGGGACACCUCUAUCCUGGCUGUGCCAAGGACAUCACAGUGACCUUGAAAUCAGAUGUCCCAGCCACCUUCAGGAGGUACCUUGUGAAAUGUAAGGUGACCAAGAUCAACUUAGAACUGCCAAGAAGGAAAGUUCAAGACUGGGAUGACCAAAUGUCCAUUGUCAUGUGGAAUGAUACCACCAGGAAAGACCCAAAAGCCACCUGGCCUGAGAAAGAGAAGGUAAGGAGCAAAAUGGCAAAACAAGCCAACCCAGCUUUUACCACCAUAACACCAUCACUGCUGGCUGAGCAGCUCCUGCUUCCUCUGGACAUUGGACAGCCAUGGGGUUCACCAGCAGUGCAUUCUCGGGGAGAGCUGGAUGCACACCCUCCUCUGCAGAUAGUCAAGACAGUCUUGGAACCGGCUUACACUGUGGAGGGGGAGAGCAGCCAGGAGUUCGAGGUGUACCUCAGUGCCUUUGUUGCCUACGCUCAGUUCAAACUGAACACAGUCAUGGUUCAGCUCAAGGAUACCUUGCCCAACCAGACAAGGACAGCCACGUGAGUGCUGGAGGCCAGCAGGGCCCUGUGAGCGGGAGCUGCCUUUGCCAGGGCUGACCCAGUGCCUGCUUCCCAGAACUCUA